UUUGUAAUCAAUCUUCACUUUCUCCAUCUGUAGAACACUUACUUGAACGUGUUGCACAGACAGGGGUUUUAACAGAAGAAGGAAGCAAAGUAAAGGGAGGAGGAGGAGAUGUUUCUUGUAGUGUAAAAAGCGGUGUAACCUCUUCUAACGAAAAUAUUUCUGAUCGUUUAGAACAGCUUAGUUCAGCAUUUGAUGCAAUACAAAAAUAUUUGGAAGAACAAACAACAACUACAUUUUCUGGUCAACAACAAAAACAACAACAAUCACCACAACGUACAUUUAGUGGAACUUUUUGUUUCACUUGACGUGGCAGAUGAGGAUACACUAAAAUACCAAACUAAGGAAAAGAAAAAAUUAUGA